UAGAGAUAAUGAGAUGAGAUGAGUUUCUGACUAGCAAAAGACUUGAGAGCCCCUGGUGUAAAGUGAAGUAUCACACACAGCAGGAGUGUUUGUUUAUCUCAGAGUGUGUGUGGACUUGGGACUCGGCUGUAACUUGUCAGAAAAGUUCAUUUACCUCGGAGAAAAUGUCAGAGACGGACUGGCUGUCAGAGAGGUUGAUAUUUUGACAUAAUGGAGGCGCCGUCGAGUGAAUUUAGCCGCCUGUGCUCGUUUGAGAGCUUUAAGGAAAUGUGGCCGUAUUACAGUUUGGGUUGUCAGGAGCAGCAGCAGCUCAUCCGCCGGGAGUUUUCCAGACUCAAAGAUAUUACCUACCUUGAUCAUGCGGGGACAACGUUCUUUGCCGAAUCCCAAGUCAAGAUGUUUUAUGAGGAUAUAUCCAGGAAUGUGUAUGGUAACCCUCACAGUCUCAAUCCCAGCAGUAAGAUGACACAUGACACAGUGGAGAGGGUCAGAUACAGGAUACUGGAGCACUUUAACACCAGCCCUGAGGAAUACUCAGUUAUUUUCACUUCCGGCUGCACUGCAGCUCUUAAAUUAGUGGCUGACUCUUUUCCUUGGAUGUGUGCUUCUGAUGAACAUUCAGGAAGUCAAUUCUGUUACCUCACGGACAAUCACACAUCAGUAGUGGGCAUUCGGGGGGUAGUUGGACCUCAAGGAGUGGGAACAGUGCCUGUCUAUCCUCAGGAAAUAGAAGCAAGAGCCAAAACUAAUCAAGCCACAAUAAAUAUACAGGAUGAAUGCUUGGUGGCACAUCUUUUCUGUUAUCCUGCCCAGAGCAAUUUUUCUGGGCGGAAAUAUCCACUGAGCUAUGUGAGAGGGAUUCAGUGUCAGCAGCUUUACCCAGCAUGUGAGCACAGAGGUCGAUGGUAUGUUCUGCUGGAUGCUUCUGGUUUUGUUGGCUGCUCACCACUGGACCUGAAGCAACACCCAGCUGAUUUUAUACCCAUCUCUUUCUAUAAAAUGUUUGGAUUCCCUACUGGACUUGGAGCCUUGCUGGUGAGGAAUGAAGCAGCUGAGCUGUUGAAAAAGAAGUAUUUUGGUGGAGGGACAGCAGCAGCUUAUUUGGUGGGAGAGGACUACUUUGUACCAAAGUCUGACAUAGUUAGCAGAUUUGAGGAUGGAACCAUUUCAUUCCUUGAUAUUAUUUCCCUCCACCACGGGUUUGAUGCUCUGCACAGACUAACUGGAAGCAUGAUGAACAUACAGCUUCAUACAUUUGGCCUCGCUCGUUAUACUUACAUCAUACUGUCUUGCCUGUGCCACAGCAAUGCACGACCUGUGGCUCAGAUCUAUUGUGACAAUGAGUUUGAGAAUGCAGCAGAUCAGGGUGCAAUUCUCAACUUCAACUUGCUGGACUGCUAUGGCCAAGCGAUCGGAUAUUACCAGGUGGACAAAAUGGCCUGUCUGUUCAAUAUUCAUUUGCGCACGGGCUGUUUUUGUAACACAGGUGCCUGUCAGGCGUAUCUAGGCAUCAGCAGCCAAGAGGUAAAGAGUAACUUGCAGGCUGGUCAUGUCUGUGGAGACAACGUUGACCUGAUUGAUGGACGUCCAACUGGGUCUGUCCGCAUAUCCUUUGGGUAUAUGUCAACUUUUGAAGAUUGUCAGUGUUUAUUAAAGUUUAUUGUUGACUGCUUUGUGGACAAACCGUUAAAACUGGACCAAAAGAGACUGGCAAGGUUAAAGUCAGCUGGAAUGGCCGAGACCUCGGCUUCAAAUGAGCUGACCUCAUUGUUGACAGAAAGGCCUGUGCCUGUGAUGAGUGGCCAAAGUAUCUCUCCUCCAUCUGUCAGCAAGAACUCUUCACAGGAUACGAUUCCAAAGGCAGAGAGGAACAGUGCUCAUACACUGACCAAUAUCUUCAUAUAUCCCAUUAAAUCAUGUGCUGCAUUUGAGGUGACAGAAUGGCCUUUGGGCCCUCAGGGGCUCCUGUAUGACCGCAUGUGGGUGGUGGUGAAUGAGAAUGGAGUAUGUCUGAGUCAGAAGAGAGAACCCAAACUGUGUCUCAUCCAUCCACACAUCUGCCUCACUUCCAAGACACUGUGCCUGGAAGCCUCAGGUAUGGAUCCUAUUACUCUUCCCCUGGAGAUCAGUAAAGAAAAGCAUGGCCUAAGAACAUGUCAAAGCAAAGUCUGUGGUGACAGGGUACAGACUGUUGACUGUGGGGAGGAAGUGUCAGCUUGGCUGUCUCAGUUCCUGGGAAAACCUUGCUGUCUCAUUAGACAGAGUCCCAGUUUUGCCCGGGAUAUGAAAAUGGGCACAGGAAAGGUUUCCUGCCCUCCUGCUCUCUCUCUGGUGAAUGAGGCUCAGUUUUUGCUAAUUAACAGAGCCAGUGUGACGCUUCUCCUCAAUCGCAUCAUUAACAGGCAGGACAGCUCAGAUAAUUGCAACUCUUUCGACUUGCCGCAAGUCAUCAGUCGUUUUCGGGCGAACCUCGUUAUCUCAGGUUCGGAGCCUUUUGAAGAAGAGGAUUGGACAAGUGUAAAAAUAGGGGACACGCACUUUCAGGUGGCAGGCAGAUGUAGUCGUUGCCAGAUGAUUGGAAUAGAUCAGACCACUGGCACUAAAUCCCUGGAGCCUCUCAGAUCUCUGUCUGAUUGCCGGAGUGGAAAGGUCACAUUUGGCGUAUACUUAAAUUACCUGUUACAGAGAUCCAAUCCAUAUCCUUCUUUAUCUGUUGGGUUCCAGGUAACGGUAAAUCCAACAGCUGAAGUUUAGAAAACCACAGCAACUGCAAUAUGGAGUAUUGUACAGUAUGUGUAUUAAACCUAAGCUUAAUCUGUCUGUAAAACUGUCUUAUACCAAAUGUACACUGCUGACAAUAAA